AAAAAAAUGGAAAAAUCAAGGUUAAGGUGGUGCUUGUGGCAACGUCGCGCCGUGAGUGUACAAGGCUUUUGAAGAGGAAAACACAUAUAGCGUGCGUAUGAUGCCGAAAACUAUAAACAUUACAGUACAAUGACACUCUGUGAUUGCGCGUAAAAAAUAAUGACUAAAGUACACUGCGUGCGCCAAGGUUUUUCGCAUAAAAGUGAGUCGAGAGGUGCAAGAAACUCGAAGGCGCGCACCGCAGCGCAUGUACAUUAAUCGUGCAGGCUUCUCGUGACGUAACGGAACGAGUUCAGUAUAAAUUUCUCCUGCCGCCAAGUUACGGCCCACAGUCUGCGGCUAUCUGUGCUCAGAAAAUGAAGCUCCUUCUGACUAGUGUACUCCUCUGCAGCUUCGGCAUUGUUUUCGGCUCCAAGGUUGCAUCGAAAUUUAAAUCAUCAGAAAUUGUGCCAGAUGUUUUGACAACUGCACCUAAUGAUUUACUGUCGGUGAGCUUCGAAGAUAAAGUGUUACGAUUUAUUGGAGAGGAGCUAACGCCUACGCAAGUAAAAGAUGUCCCGAGCGUCGCUUGGAAGUCUGAAGCCUCCGGUUUCUACACUAUUUGCAUGACCGAUCCAGACGCCCCAAGUCGCAGUGAGCCGAAAUUCCGCGAGUUCCUUCACUGGCUGGUGGUGAACGUGCCAGGCGAGGACAUCGCCAAGGGCGACACCCUGGCAGCCUACGUCGGCUCGGGUCCUCCCAAGGAUACCGGUCUGCACCGCUACGUGCUGUUAGCCUACAAACAACCGGCCGGCAAAAUCGACGUCAGCGAGGAGAAGCGUAUCCCCAACAACUCGCGAGACGGUCGGCCGAAAUUCUCGAUCCAGAAGUUCGCCGAUAAGUACAAACUAGGUGCGCCGAUCGCUGGCAAUAUGUACCAGGCGGAGUACGAUGAUUACGUGCCCAAUAUCAGCAAGCAACUCGGCGGAGGUGCUUAGAUGUAUGAAUUUUUAUUUACUGAUGAGCUUUUUGUUAUAUAUAUAACGUGUGAUGAUAUUAUGAUUUUAAAUAAAAAAAUAUUAUUUGAAAGUU